AUGGUCUUUCGGAGAGUUGGUCCGGCGUACCACGCCGGCUCGACUACCAACCAGCAUUCGGAUGCGGAAGCCGAAUCGGUGGUGACAUGCGGAGACCGAUCGGCCGAGGACACGGCCGAAGCAGACUACAUACGCCGCCGGGCGCAGUUCCACCUUGCGAGCUGUCGCCCCGGGCUGAGGACUGCGGAGGUCAUCGGCGACAAGUGGGGCCUGUCCUUCGCAACACACCAACUUACUGUGUAUCCAUACCUUGCGCCAUGUUUAGAAUUUUUGGCCCCUGAAAAGCUGCACCUCGCCCAAGAGGUUGGGAGGCAGGAUCCGAAUACCUGGUUGAAGGCUUCCGUCCCGUCCACGUGGAAGCGGCGCGGGCUUGGAAAUCUGCGGCCGCGAAGCUGA